AAUCUGUAUAUAAGGUUGAGUUUCCCUUUUAUUUUAGUUUUUAUUUUAGAAAUAUUUGACUGAAGCAGAAAAACAAUGCUGUUAAAGGUGUUUGUUUUAAGUUUUGCUUGUUUCCUCUGUAUUCAAGAAACACAAGCAAGAAUUCCACCUCACAUUGCAAAACUUUUACCGCCGGAAUUAAUUGAAUUGAUUAUGAGUUUAAGAAAUGUGUGCACAAAGAAAGUUGGUCUAGUUCCAGAUGAUAUUGAACAUUUUGACAUUAAUCCUGACUCUCCGCAACCUUACAAGUGCUACAUGGAGUGUAUGAUGAGCGCUGCAAAAUGGCUGACGCCUAAAGGUAAAAUUAAUUAUAAGAAAAUGCUGGACGAUUCUUACCCCGACAUUAAGCAAAUGUUCGAGAAAGUGGUAGACAAAUGCCGCGAUAUACAAGAAGGAGAUAAUUGCGCAACAGCAUUUAACUUUAAUUUAUGCAUAGCACGAGCAGAUCCAGAAAAUUAUUUCUUGCCAUAAAGCCAAAAACAACAUUUUCAGCAAUGUAAUUCGUCCUGAUUUUCAAAUUAUACAUGUCUCUGUAUUUAAACCACGCGUAGAUAGUUCACGCACGCCUAAACAUAUGUGAAACAAUCAAAAAAAUAAAGUUAAUUCAGAUUAUUAGAA